AAGCAGCCCCUGGCUGGAGGGUGACAGUGAAACGUUAUGUGGCGCUAUCAUCACACUUGCUUCGUGUCUGAGAGGCGGACAGUUAAAGACCACACAGACAUUAAACUGACUCACAACCGACGGGGAGACAGACAGACAGACAGACAGACCUGCUGCUUGCUCGGUGCUACAGAGAGACAUAAUGUGGCUUCGAGAGGAGCUUUUGAAGUCCAUAUGGCACGCAUUCACAGCCCUGGACGUGGAUCAACGUGGAAAAGUUUCCAAAUCUCAGUUAAAGGUGCUAUCUCACAACCUUUGCACGGUGAUGAAGAUCCCUCAUGACCCUGUGGCCCUUGAAGAGCAUUUUAAGGAUGAUGAUAAAGGACCUCUGUCCAACCAGGGCUACAUGCCUUACCUCAACAAGUUUAUUCUCGACAAGGUACAGCAAGAGUUUGAUGUACUGGAGUUCAACAAGAUGUGCUGGACUCUGUGUUACAAGAAAAACAUCAGCACUAAACAGCUACUCAUCUCAGAUAAUGAUGCUUUCAAAGUCUGGUGCAUUUUCAACUUUCUGUCAGAAGACAAAUACCCACUAGUCAUCAUUACUGAAGAGAUUGAGUACUUCCUGCGAAAGCUGAUGGACGCCAUGGGGAGCGGAUGGAGUGAGGAGAAGUUUGCAGAUUACAAGCUGCAGCUUAACACAAAGAAAAACUGCCUGACUGCCUGGGAGCUGAUUGAACUGCUGGGCAUGGGUUACUUUACAAAGGGCAUGAACUGCCAGACCCUGUCCAUGGGCAUCAACGAGGUCUUCCAGGAGCUCAUACUGGAUGUGCUCAAGCAGGAAUACAUGAUGAAAAAGGGCCACAAAAGGAAGAACUGGACCGAACGUUGGUUUGUCCUUCGACCCAACUCCCUGUCGUACUAUGUCUGUGAGGAUCUUGUGGAGAAGAAAGGGGACAUCAUUCUGGACCGAUACUGCUGUGUGGAGUCUCUUCCAGAUAAAGAAGGGAAGAAAUGCCUGUUCAUUAUCAAGUGCACUGAUAAAAGCUUUGAGAUCAGCGCAUCAGAUAAAAAGAAAAAGCAGGAAUGGAUUCAAGCUAUUCAAACAUGCAUCCAGCUGCUGAGGUUGGGGCUGCCGUCUCCUCACCGCGAAGCCCGGCUUAGGCGCAAGGAGCUCCGGCAGAGGCAGCAGGCGGAGGAAGACGACCUGGCAGAGAGGAUGAAGCAGCUCCAGGUUGCCAAUGAGAACAAACAGAGACAGCUGGAGGAUAUGAGGAAGAAAAUGGAAGAAGCUGCAGCUAGAGCAGCAAUAGAGGAGCACAGGAGGAAGAAGACUCAGGUAGACCUGCAGGAUCGCUACAGACUGGACCUGGAGAGAGAGAAAAUGGUGCGUCAGCAGAUGGAGGAGCAGGUGGCUCAGAAGUCCAGUGAACUGGAGCAGUACCUGCAGCGCGUCCGGGAGCUGGAGGACAUGUACCACCUGCUGGAGGAGGCCUUAGAGGACGAGAGGCAGGCCAAGCAGGAUGAGGAGUCCAUGCGCAAGCUGCAGGGCAGGCUGCUGGAGGAGGAGGCAACAAAGAGGGCAGAGCUGGAGCAGAUCCACCUGCAGCAGCAGAGGGCGCUGUCUCAGACUGUGGCUGAGAAGCAGGAGCUGGUGGCCGAGCAGCGGGCCAAGGAGAGAGACCUGCAGGCAGCCAUGCUUCAGCUGGAAAGACUGGAGAAGGAGCGUCAGGGAGCACUGGAGCAGUACGAGGAGGUGUCCAAGAAGCUUGAACGAGCAGCAAACAAGACAAAGACUUGGAAGGACAAGGUGGCCAAACAUGAGGGGCUGGUGCGUCUCAUCCAGCCAGGUCAUAAAGGACCUCAGAGGAUCACUAACUGGGGUCCGGCCUCAUUCACCGACACCGAGCUGGAGCUGAGGAAGAAGUCAUGGCAGGAGAAGAAGAACCAGGGGGAUCAGGCUCAGUAAACACAGUGAUGAGGAAGACUUUGGAGCCGAACUGUCGCAUUCGAAGUCUGAGGAGUUUUGAUAACAGGAACUUACUGAGACACGUGAUAGCAGUCAAGAAGAAAAGUUUCACUGAUUUGAUUGCAGUUAGUUUCAAAGUACGGCUGGGAUUAACUGCACAUCAGAUUCUGCUGUAACAAACAAUUAUAUUCAAGCAGGAAAAGUUCAUUCUUGACUUUGGAAGAAUUAGUGUGAGUAAUCUUGAGUCAAGGUCCACUUACUAGCUAUUGCUGUAUUCAUCGUCUUCAUUAUCUGAUGACAACUAAGCAAACUUCACUGCCGAAGACCAUGAGAUGCGAUUGAAAGCUUAAAAAAACCCAGUGAGUGGACCUUUAGUUAAGAUUAUUUAAUUAGUUUUCUCAUUUAGUUUUUAUUUUCUUCAGUUGUUUUUUCGUUUGUAAGUUUAAUCCUUUCUGAUUUGGAGGGCUGAUUUUUAAUUUAACUCCAUUUACUACUUUUUUCAUGUUUUUGUGUUUUGACACAAAUAAUGUAAAUCAGCCCUUUACUGAGAGAGUAUAACAGUACAUACAUUUCCCACUCUAGUUGAGUAAAUUGCAUCAGUUACGGACACAACUGAAAAUAAAACACCACUUGUUUUUUA